AUGGAUCAGCACUUGUAUUAUCAACAAAACCCCAAUCCUUUGCCACAACAGCCUCUUCAGCAGCAAUACUAUCAACAGAAUGGAAGCGCUGCCCAAAUGCCGAUGUCUUCGCCUAAUAAUACAUACUAUAGACCACAGACUCCCAUGUCUUCACUUCCAGGACCUCCUCCUAACCAACACUUACCCCAAACCACACCUCACUUACAGAAGACAAUGCCAUCGGUUCCCACUCAACACUUACAGCAGUCUCAACGACCGCCACAAAUGCAACCCAACUCUGCGCCCGAACCGACCAAACAGAUGAACAACUUAUCGGAUCAGAUGACCAAUAUUUCACUCAAUGGUUCGCAACCGCAAGCAUUUGCACCACAAAAUGGAUUGCAAUCACAACCCUAUCCACAAUCACAUCCACCGCCUCUUCAGCACCAACAACAACAACCGCCACAACAACACCAACAGCAACACCAACCACAACAACAACCACAACAACAACAACCACUACAACCCCCACAACAGCGUCCGCCGCAGCCAACUAUGGAUAACCAGAACUGGUCGCGACCGCCGAUGCCUGGCCUUCAAACACAGCCCAUUCAAAGCCCUGACGCUUGGAAUUCGGGUUCUGUCCAAACGAGCGGCUCUUCAGCUCCGCCUCCACCACAACAAGCGUUUCAAAACAACAGUGUUUUGCCGCCAUUUCAAUACCAAAGACAAUCUCUUGCGUCGCAAUCCGGUCCACAAAUGCAUCAACAAAUGCCUCCUCCGAUGUCCAAUCAGAUGCCGCAGAUGUCUAACCAAAUGCCGCAGAUGUCUAACCAAAUAUCUGCGCCCAUAUCCGGGGGAUAUCCGCCGCCGGCGGCGACAUUAGGAAUGGGACCUCCAAUGCAAUCCAUGGGUCCACAAAUGCAUCAACAAAUGCCGCCGAUGUCCGGCCAAAUGCCUCCUCAGGGAAUGGCAUCGCGUUAUGGCCCACAACAGACGGCCGGUGCACCGCCGCAGCCAAUGGGACAACAAUCUAAUUAUCAACAGCAAACACAACAGCGCUUAGACCCGGAAGCGAUGCCGAGUGUGGUUCAGGUGAUCGAAGAAGACAAGCAUAAGUUUGACAGCAAUGACAACAUCCUAUUUACCACUUCAAUCCCCGCCUCAGUGCCGCCAUUAGUGACCACAGUCUGUGAUAACGAACUCAGUGUCACUAACGAUGGCGGCUGUGCGCGACCGCAUCACAUCAGGUCCACCAUAUAUCAGGUGCCCAUCGCUGAAGACACUCUUAAAAUGACUGGUAUUCCACUCGCUAUCGUUGUACAGCCCUUUGACGACUCAGAAGUGGACUCAAGAAACGUUGUGCCCAUAACUAACAGUGAGAUAAUUCGGUGCAAUCGUUGCAAAGCAUAUAUGAAUCCUUACAUGAGGUUCAUAGACGGCGGCCGACGAUUCCAGUGCUCUCUUUGCCAUCACGUGAGUGAAGUGAACUCCUCUUACUUCGCGAACUUAGAUCACACGGGCCAACGAUUAGAUAAAUUCAAUCGACCGGAACUAUUCUUAGGAAGUUAUGAAUUCAGAGCCACUGAUGAGUACUGCAGAAAUGGUGUUUUAAACGCUCGCAGACCUCAUAUAAUAUUUGCUAUGGAAUUGACGGCUACUUCUAAACCAAUUCUUCAACACUUAUCCACCCAUUUGGCGGAUAUAAUUAAGAAUUGUCUUCCGAGAGAUCCACUGAACACCGAGUCUCCUCCCCCUUUGGUUGGCUUCUUAACCUAUAAUUCCAAGAUAGAAAUCUAUGACAUUAUAAACAACGGUCACUCGCAUAUUAUAUGUGAUGUGAGCUCUACUUUUCCCCCAAUGACCACAUUUUUGGUCGACCCGUUAGUCCAUUUCGAGCAGAUUGAAAGUUUUCUACAAUCUUUGCCUUCGCUGUACUCUAACGAAGAACUUGAAACACAAACAGUUUUGGGUCCAGUGAUUGAAGCGGCACUUCUUACGGCUCAAGUGGAUACUGGAAACUGGUUCGCAGGCCAUAACCCCAAUAAUACAAGUCCUUCAAUUCCUGUGGGAAAGAUGUAUCUCUUUCACUGCACUCUUCCCAACUUUGGUACCGAUGCUGAAACUCCCGGCCGACUGAAGCCUCGUUGGACUACUUCUCCUGAUGAAAUAAGAAAACUCUUGGGAACCGAUAAAGAGAAGACGAUUUUGUCACCCGAUGCUAACAAAUAUUACAUUGGUUUGGGUCAGCGAUGUGUGACUGAGUUUGCAAGUGGUGUCGAGUUGUUUCUCUUCCCUCCCAUUAAUGGCUCGUAUUUAGAUGUCGCGACUUUAGGCGAAUUGGUUCGCCUCACGGGAACGGGAACUAUAUAUAAAUAUUUUAAUGAUUUUACCGAUCGUUUUCUCAUUGAUUUGAAAUAUUCGUUGCGAUCAACCUUUGCUUUCGAUGCCAUUAUGAAAGUGAGAACUUCGACCGGAGUUCGUCCGCACGAAUAUAUCGGUAACUAUUACUCGAGGACUACCAGUGAUAUAGAGUGCGCGGCAAUCAAUUCUGGCUGUAAUAUUGCGGUUGAACUCAAAUACGAUGAUAAAUUACCUGAAGACGAGUUUGUUGUGAUUCAAGUCGCUGUACUCUACACAGCAAUUAGUGGUGAGCGAAGAGUUAGAGUUCAUAAUAUGGCGCUAUCGACGUGCCAACAAGUGGCCGAUAUUUAUAGGAAUGCCUGCUGUGACACAGCUAUUAACGUGUUAAUCAGACAAGGUCAACUGAUACUUCCCGAGGCGUUGAAACUGUUACCGAUGUAUAUCUGCGGCGCUCUUAAGUGCGAUGCCAUUGACGGCGGACCUGAGAUGACUCCCGACGACAAAGCCUUCUCGCAAAUCAAAUUAAUCGGCGCUCCUCUCAUUCUCUCUCAAGUCAUGCUUUAUCCACGAGUCUUAAAAAUUGAGUACGACGAAACCGGAGCUCAUCUAAAAUCAACACAAAUCCGUUGUUCAACACACAAACUCGUGGACACGAAUGCGUUGGCAUAUCUACUGGAGAAUGGCUUUUAUAUUCUGUUGUUUAUACCAAACACUAUCGGAGGAAACAGUCAAUUCUUGAGUGCAGUUUUUGGCUCACAUGUGGACUCUAUCUCUAAAAUACAGCCCGAAUUAAUUUAUGUCAUCAGACAAUCGAUUGAUAAAUUAGAGACUAUUUUUAGAAGUUUUCUCUACGAAGACAAGAAAGGCGUCAAUAACGGUGUUGGAGGCGAUAGUGCUAAACUGGAGGGCCCUUCAUAUGUGGAUCUGUUAUGUCAUCUGCACAGAGAAAUACGAACUCAACUCAACUAAGAAUUUGAACAUUUUAUACGACAUUCACUUUAUUAGAGAAUAUUAUAAACAGAAACAUCUAUUUAUUGAAGAAAACUCUCACAAUUGCAAACAAUUGUAAUUUACAACAAAUUGUGUACAUUUGAUAAAAUGCACUGAAAUGUAUGCCGACGUUUGAUAUCAUGAAAUUUGGUUCAAUUCGAUGUUUAAAACACUUACUGUAAUGAGAGUCUCAAU